CGAGCACCGCCUCCAGCCGGCGGCACGGCUCCCGGGCGCCCAUAGCUGCGGGCGGGCGGGAAGAAGGAAGGAAAGAAGGAGCGAGCGAGCUUUGGUCCCCCGCGGUUCCCGUCGCCCCCAAGAUGGCGCCGCCCAUCGCGCGGUCCCCCCGCCCUCCGCCGCGCGCCGGGCGGCCGGGCCGGGUCGGCGUGGGGCCAUGGGAGGCGGCCGCGGGCCUGAGGCCGCUGCGACGGGGUAGGGCGGGCGAGCGGGGCGCGGGGCGGCGCGGCGGAGCUCGCAGAACCAUGGCGGCGGCGGCGGCGGCAGCGGCCGGGCGGGCGCGGCGAGGGGCACCCAUGUACUCGCAGAAAGAUCUCACAUCAAAGAAAAGAGAUGAGUUUGAAGAUAUCUUGGAGGAAAGAAGAUUGUCCAGUGACUUGAGAUAUGCAAUGAAGUGUUACACUCCUGUGAUCUACAAAGGACUUUCACCUUGCAAGCCAAAUGCUAUUAAAAGUGCUGUUCUUCAGUCGGAGCAAGUUCAAUAUGUUAUCAAGCAGUUAGCAAAAGAGAUGGGAGAAUCACCUGAUAUUAUUCAAGAAGAAGCCGUGGAGAUCCUGGAUGAGAUGGGUCACAGCAUGCAAUUAGGAGCUGUCAGAUUUUUUGCCUUUACCCUGAGCAAAAUAUUUAAACGUCUUUUCCGGAGAGUUUGUGUAAAUGAAGAAGGAAUGCAGAGAUUGCAACAUGCCAUUCAGGAGCAUCCAGUUGUAUUGCUGCCCAGCCACCGAAGCUACGUAGACUUUUUGAUGCUGUCUUACUUGCUAUAUACGUAUGACUUGGCUUUGCCUGUCAUUGCUGCAGGAAUAGAUUUCCUUGGUAUGAAAAUAGUUGGUGAGCUGCUACGAAGGGCAGGUGCCUUUUUUAUGCGACGUUCCUUUGGUGGGAACAGACUCUACUGGGCAGUGUUUGCUGAAUACGUAAAAACGAUGAUAAGGAGUGGCUAUGCCCCAAUUGAAUUUUUUCUUGAAGGAACUAGAAGCCGCACUGCCAAGACUCUGACUCCAAAAUUUGGUCUUCUCAGCAUUGUGAUGGAGCCCUUUUUUAAACGUGAAGUCUUUGACACAUACCUUGUUCCCAUCAGCAUCAGUUAUGAGAAGAUAUUAGAAGAAUCUCUCUAUGCCUAUGAACUCCUAGGAGUCCCAAAGCCCAAAGAGUCUACAUCUGGGUUGUUGAAAGCCAGAAGAAUCCUCAGUGACAAUUUCGGUACCAUACACAUCUACGUUGGCCAGCCGGUGUCACUUAGAACCUUGGCAUCUGGGAGAAUCAAUCGGUGCCCAUACAAUUUGGUUCCCAGGCAUCUUCCCCAAAAGCCAUCUGAGGAUAUCCAAGAAUUUGUCACUGACGUAGCUUACAAAAUGGAGCUCCUGCAAAUAGAAAACAUGGUUUUGAGACCCUGGGUGCUAGUUGCUGCUGUCCUGCUCCAGAAUUUGCCAGCCAUGGAGUCUGAACUUCUAAUAGAAAAGACCCUGUGGCUUAAAGGCUUAACACAGACUUUUGGAGGAUUCAUUGAAUGGCCUGAUAACCUGUGUGCCAAAAAAGCAGUCUUGUCUGGCCUCGCCCUGCAUUCCAACAUUGCCUGUCUGGUCGAUGGCCACGUGGUCCUCCAUGACAAAGGAGUGGAAGAUGGAGCCAUAGGGGAAGUCGUCUUUAAGCGAGCUCUGGCUGUCCUCACGUGUGCCACCUACAGAAACCAGCUGCUGAAUGUGUUUGUGCGUCCCUCCCUGGUGGCAAUGGCCUUGCAGAUGACACGCAGCUUCAGGAAAGAGGAAGUCUAUAGCUGCUUCAGCUUCUUGAGAGGUGUUUUUUCUGAUGAGUUCAUCUUCUUUCCUGGCAUUUCACUGAAGGAUUUUGAGGAGGGAUGUUUUCUACUCACAAAAUGUGAUGCCAUUCAAACAAGUCAACAGGAAAUCUACCCUACUGACAAAGGAAGUGUUAUAAUAUCUUUCUUGUCAGCUAUGUUCAGACCUUUUCUGGAAGGUUAUCAGUUAAUUUUCAGGUACCUCUCAAAGGAAACAAAAGAAGCCUUUACCGAGAAGCAGUUUAUACCUGGAGUCCGCAACUUUGUUUUUCAUCUUCUUGAGAAGGGGAACACACAGUGUUACGAAGCUCUGUCCUCUGACAUGCAGAAAAAUGCCUUAGCAGCUCUCGUGCACCUAGGUGCGGUGAAGAAGAAGAAAACAUGCCAGGAUACCUGUACAGAAACCUGUGGCUGCACGACUCUGAGUGGUUCCUGGUGCCGUGGCUGGAUGCAAGCGCUGGCUGAGAACACUGGCCGCCCUGCAGCCGGAGCACAGACCCGCACCUGCCCGUCCAGCCUCAAGCAGGGGAGGCAGAGACAUGUUCUUCAUCAGGCCAGCUCUCCUUUACCACUUAGGAACUGUUGCUGCUGAGGGUUAGAGUUGUGUUUGUAUCCUCACCUCACCGUGUUUUGUUUUUUAAAAGGAGAUUAAACAUGGGUUGGUUUUUUUUUUUAUAACUAUUUAAAGGAGAUGUACACAGUAACUGCUACUUAAAUGUUUUUCUAGACUUGUAACAAGGACUGUGAUCGGUUUCAAACGUUUCAUGGAUAUGAAAAUGUAACAGGGAAUUAAAAGACUUGCUAUUAAACUUUAGAAAGAGGCGUUCCAGGCUGGCUAAAUGGACUGUGCCAGUCUCGGGCCGGGAUGCGAA